AUGGACUUCAAUGAAGAAAAUGAUCUAGUGGUUCCAGAGAUUUCUAGUAACGCCGUUAAUUAUGAGACUACCAGCCAGCACCUAACAGGGAUAUGGACUAUAAAUGCGGUUGGCCGCCUGGGCAAUCUAAUGGGAGAAUACGCCACUCUUUACGCUCUCGCAAAGUUAAAUGGCCACCAAGCCUACGUUUCACCCGAAAUGUACGCGCAAUUAUCCGCCAUCUUUAAAGUUCGAUUGCCUGUAAUUCCCCAGGACGUUGCUGAUCAAAUUCAGUGGAAACACUAUGGACUUCAUGAUUGGAUGUCUGAAGAAUACAAACAUAUCAAAGGGGAGUUCGUCAAGCUGACCGGAUAUCCUUGCUCGUGGACGUUUUAUCACCAUAUACGAGAUGAGAUCCUCAAGGAAUUCGCUUUCCAUGACUUCGUCGUAGAGGAGAGCAAUACGUACCUAUCCAAAGUGCGAGGAGACCGGAAAGAUGUCACCUUCGUUGGGGUCCACGUUCGCAGAGGAGACUACGUCCAUGUCAUGCCAAACGCAUGGAAGGGAGUUGUAGCCGAUAAGGGGUAUUUACAGAAGGCCAUGGACUACUUCCGGAACAAGUAUGAAAACCCUCUUUUCGUGGUGACCAGUAAUGGCAUGGACUGGUGCAAGGAGAACAUAGAUAGUUCCCUCGGAGAUGUCCACUUUGCUGGAGAUGGUAAAGAAGGUUCUCCCGGACGAGACUUUGCCCUCUUGGCCCAUUGUAACCAUACCAUCAUGACCAUAGGGACAUUUGGGGUCUGGGCUGGAUACCUGGCAGGCGGCGAGACCAUCUACCUCUCAAACUACACUUUGCCCGAUUCUCCAUUUCUUGACGUUUUCAAGUAUGAAGCAGCUUUCCUCCCAGAAUGGAUCGGGAUCCCCGCCGACCUCUCGCCUCUUCUUAGAAGCCUUAGUAACCCUAACCCAUAAACCACCAUCAAAUAGUUGACUUUGGUUUUAAACCCAAAAACUAGUGACUUCCAACAAACUACUCCAGACACAGAAGGGACCUCCAUACAGCAUGUAGAUUGAUUCUGAAAUAAAUAAUAUUGUAUUCA